ACAAGAGGCUCGUGGUCUGAUUUCAAUAAAUGCAUUUUUAUUGGUGAUCACCAGGCUGUUUCCCUUUUACAAUUAAUCUGCGGUAGGCCUAGUUGUAGUUUUGCAUUUUAGAUUUAAAGAGCGAGCGAGAGAGAGAGAGAGAGAGACAAUUUUCUACAAUUGCACUGAAGAUAGUAACAGAACUAAGAUUAAUACAGCGACAAAGACCGAAGAACUACAACAUUUUUUAUUAUAACAACAUCUUAGGUUAAAACAGUCAAGCACAGCACGGUAAUAAUAUAUGCCAUCCCAGUACCAGUUAAAACAAUCAGCUGUUUCAAAUAUACCAUUUUAAAAGAGCAUUUCCUGUUUUCAUUUUCAUGUUAAUAAACAAUUACAUUCAGGAUUAUAACCAAAUAGUUCACAUGCAGAGAGAUAAGAUGGGACAAUGAUAUAUGUUCAAAAGAGUUAAAAAAUAUUUUUAUGAUGAGAAAGUUGGGAGAAUGGAAAUGAAACUGAAAGACGUUUAUUUUUCAUCUGUAGCUACCUAGUUAGCGUUGGCUAUGUUUCUUUGUUCAAGGCUUGGGAAGUUUUGAUUAAAAUCUGCUAAAAUAACAAGUAGGAUCAUACGUUUCAUAACAUAUCUAUUUAGAUUUUGUUUUAAGGUGUAUAUACAUAGUUGUGUACAGUACAUACAUGUACAUGUAUCUUUCAUUUGACUCAUUCGUUAUUUUCUUCUGUCUCCAAUGUGUUUUCAAGUCAUAUUCAGGAAAGUUUGAGCUGCAGUUAGUUUCUGUGUUAUUGUAAGUAUGUUUCUGUUUGUAUGGGACACCGAGUCUUUGUGUUGUCAUAAAUGACAGUUUUCUCCUCUUGGGACAGAACCGCAAAUGAAACAACAGCCACUGCAAUAUGAAUAAACUAUACUAUCUGUUUUGAGUUACAAUCAUUGUUCUAGAAAUUAAAUCUGAAUACAGUAGUCUCUCUUCCUUAGGCUUUCCUCCACUGAUAUAUAUCUUAGAUAUUUGUGUAAAAUUCUGUUCUGUUUGUUUUUUUUUGUCCAGCAGCAUUCAGUACAGUACCAACUGUAUCAAUAGUAUUAUUUCAGGUUUAGUGCAUUCUGCAAAGUCAUAUUUUGUAUAUUAUUUUUUAUUUAGUAUUUCAUAGCCAUCUGCGAAGGCCCCAGAGUGCUUGAUCCUAAGGCUGGGUAUUUGGAAUCGAACCACCAAGAUGCUCCACCACAACUUAAAACAAAACUCAGACUUAAGUCAGACUUGAGGACAAUACAGCCCAUUCAGAAAACCCAUGUCAUAGACAGUAUAUGUUAAACAGCCAACCUUGAGCCUGGUUCAGAUUUCCCCCGGACCUUCCCUGUACUAGAUGUGUACCUGCCAUAGAGUGCCAAAAAGGGGUAGAGAGACUUAGAUUGAUAUGAUCCGUUUAGAAACAGUAGUUCGUGACGACAUUGUAAUAUAUCCAAAGCCAUGUAUUUAUACCAUCACUGACAACCUGUCGUAGGCUCAGUGUGGCCCCUCUAUGUAGUUGCUCAUACACAGCUAUUUGAUAAACAUCCUCCAUCUCUAUCCUCCGGGGGAUAGAGAUGCUCUCACUCAGCGUAGCAGCUAUUCUGACCUUCCUAUUAAUCAACAUGACAAAGCAUACUGACUCUAAAGCGAACAAAAUUGAGUAUCUCAAUAAUACUGAAAGAAACCAUUCAGCCGGAGCCGUGAGUCCGGCUGGCUCUGCCGCGUUGCUAGUCAGAGAGUGGGCCGGGCUAGGAACAGACCUGGGGGAAGCUGUCCUGCAGCCUAUUAUAGCAGCGUACAUUUGAGUAAGUUCAGAAGAAAAAAAACAGGACAAAGAUGGCACUGUUCUCAGGCUAGUGCAAGAUGGCUACAGACUGUGUCUUUAUGGGUUUAGCCGAAGAGGAGACUCCAUUAGCUUCUGGAUCCAAUAGAGGGAGAGAAUGUUCCUCUUGCAGUUUGAUGUAAAGGAUAUCAUAGACAGACUCUCCAGCAACCUCUGUCUGCCCCACCCGGUCCACUCUCUCUGGCCUCAAGCCAGGAGCCCCAAACACACAACACAGCAGCUCUAAACAGAAACAAAUUACAUUUAAGAAUCACUAAGCAAAUAAUAAUGCUGAAAAUCAGACGCUUAUUAUAAAAUACAUUUUUAGCCAGUCUUUUCAAAAAUACAAUCUAAGAAAUGUAAACAAAAGAGACAAUCAUAAUUGUUAGUUCUACAUGUAACUGAAAUAUUGAAAAACAAUUUAAAUCAAUAAAAUAAAAAAUCUAAUACUGAUCAUUUAUUCAUGAAUUAAAUGUAACUAAUAAAACUACAAAAUAACUACCAGAAAAGUACAAUAAAACGCAAAACAAUCAAAAAAGUGACUCUAUAAUCUCUAUGGAAUUUAAUGCAAAUCUGAAUCACGUUUUGUAAUGAGUUCAGAUGAGCAGUGCGACAAAGUAAGUAUCUCCACCUCUGGUUACCCACCACAAACACCUUUAAGACACACUAUGUUGUCCCCGUCUCUCUGUGUGUGUGUCACUCAAGCACGUACUACAACACAAAACGUCAUCCUACUCGUAAGACCUGUGGUACACGUGCCACAUCUCUAUCCACUACAAUCGACAACAUCACAUUCAUGUUCGUUUCAUAAAUAUGAUCUUAGGGUUGAAAAUUAUUAUUUUUUUAAAUUUUUAUUAGAAAUAUCUACCUUGCGUUAUUGUUGGAACGUCUUCACAUACAGUAUGGAGCGUUUGCUCUAGCCACCUAUUCUAAAAUCAAAGGCUACCAUGGUCCACGUUAUGGUAAAGAACGCUGAAUGAAAAUGUAAAGAACAUGUGUGCUUCUCUCACUAGAACCACAGCCCCACUCCUAAGCUCCUCUUCUCCCCUUUGACCACGUUAUUGUCUGAUGCAUUUUCUGGGCGGCACUUUAAGAUAGGGGACAAAUGCUAACCAGCAAUAAACCGAUAAGAAACUGAAUCUAAAAUGUGCUGGCUAAAUGUGCUGGCUAAGCUGGCUAAUGACCUUUUCGCCUACCAACUGUGUGUAUACAGGAUACAGCAUCCAUCCACAUGGAUCAGACUAGAUGCACUAUUCCUGGACAACAACUAUGGAUUUGUUUGAUAUUAUAAAGUGUUCCCCUCUCUACAGUUCCUUGUGUUAUCCCUGGAUCCAGGUUCCUCUCUCUACAGUUCCUUGUGUUAUCCCUGGAUCCAGGUUCCUCUCCACAGUUCCUUGUGUUAUCCCUGGAUCCAGGUUCCUCUCCACAGUUCCUUGUGUUAUCCCUGGAUCCAGGUUCCUCUCUACAGUUCCUUGUGUUAUCCCUGGAUCCAGGUUCCUCUCUACAGUUCCUUGUGUUAUCCCUGGAUCCAGGUUCCUCUCUACAGUUCCUUGUGUUAUCCCUGGAUCCAGGUUCCUCUCUACAGUUCCUUGUGUUAUCCCUGGAUCCAGGUUCCUCUCCACAGUUCCUUGUGUUAUCCCUGGAUCCAGGUUCCUCUCCACAGUUCCUUGUGUUAUCCCUGGAUCCAGGUUCCCCUCUCCACAGUUCCUUGUGUUAUCCCUGGAUCCAGGUCCCCCUCUCCACAGUUCCUUGUGUUAUCCCUGGAUCCAGGUUCCUCUCCACAGUUCCUUGUGUUAUCCCUGGAUCCAGGUUCCUCUCUACAGUUCCUUGUGUUAUCCCUGGAUCCAGGUUCCUCUCUACAGUUCCUUGUGUUAUCCCUGGAUCCAGGUUCCCCUCUCUACAGUUCCUUGUGUUAUCCCUGGAUCCAGGUCCCCCUCUCCACAGUUCCUUGUGUUAUCCCUGGAUCCAGGUCCCCCUCUCCACAGUUCCUUGUGUUAUCCCUGGAUCCAGGUUCCUCUCCACAGUUCCUUGUGUUAUCCCUGGAUCCAGGUCUCCCUCUCCACAGUUCCUUGUGUUAUCCCUGGAUCCAGGUUCCUCUCCACAGUUCCUUGUGUUAUCCCUGGAUCCAGGUCCCCCUCUCCACAGUUCCUUGUGUUAUCCCUGGAUCCAGGUUCCUCUCCACAGUUCCUUGUGUUAUCCCUGGAUCCAGAUCCCCCUCUCCACAAUGCCUACUAUAAAAGUAACCCUUCUCACUUGAUCGAUAUACCCCAAACCAGAAGGCACAUGAGCGAUUGUCUACCACCGCAGUCAUGUUCCCCUCCCCCACAAGAACACUCACACAACCUCCACACAAUCCUGUCUUAGUGGGACGGAGUAGACUCUAAUGGCUAAAUUCGCCAUGGAAAAUCGAUGCAGUUUCCAUCAAUUCAUUAAAUAGUUUCAUACAGACAGUAUAAUUGAACUGAAAACGGGAGAAAACAUAAAAAGUAAUACAUUCAUCUCGGUUGCCUCUGUCUCAACCAGUCAGCUGCAUUCAUUUAAACAUCCUCCUCUAAUGUGUUAUAACACAAUCUCUCCAUGUAUCAACAUAUCAACAUACCAACAAAGACCAUGAUAAUGGCUUCAGAUCACAGGACGACGGGCUCGUGGUAACGACUGGAGCGGAGUCAGUGGAAUGUUAUGGAAUACAUCAAACACAUUGUUUCCAUGGUUUCCAUGGUUUCCAUUGUUUCCAGGUGUUGGAUGCCAUUCCAUUCACUCUGUUCUGACCAUUAUUAUGAGCCGUCCCUCCCCUCAGCAGCCUCCACUGCUUCAUAUAUUGAUAAAGAACCAUUAUAUCCAGCACAAAUAUAGCAAAUACAAGAGAACCAUCUUUUUGCCCGGUGCCUACAGUGUAAUGUUCAUUUUAGCAAACACACAGCCAAACGGUAAAGUAUUGGAACAUGUUUUUAGGCUACUCCCUACUUGGAGACUGCAAGGACUAGACACACGGUCAAAAAAAAAAAAACUCUACUUCCUCGAGGGAGCAGUCUGAGCUAAAUGCAAGAAUCAUGCUUUCAGCUACUGAGGAAAAAUAAUUCAUAAAAGCUAGCUAGUUAUUUAAACUGAAAGUAGCACUUUCAGGCCCCUCCUAAAGCUUCACGACAAGCGAUGUGGUAAUAGUCCUCUGUAACACCAGUUGACGUAGUUAAGAGUACUGAGAAAGUCAAAUGGUACAGCAUCUAGAGCUGCAUCUUACGUAAUAUCUCCCAACAGGACUAUUGUCUUAUAUAUCGAAAACAAAGCCUCAAUUUAGGAGACUUACGAAGCUACUACCAUUAUACAACGUUGUGCGUAGUCUGAUUUAGGAGACUUACGAAGCUACUACCAUUAUACAACGUUGUGCGUAGUCUGAUUUAGGAGACUUACGAAGCUACUACCAUUAUACAACAUUGUGCGUAGUCUGAUUUAGGAGACUUACGAAGCUACUACCAUUAUACAACAUUGUGCGUAGUCUGAUUUAGGAGACUUACGAAGCUACUACCAUUAUACAACAUUGUGCGUAGUCUGAUUUAGGAGACUUACGAAGCUACUACCAUUAUACAACAUUGUGCGUAGUCUGAUUUAGGAGACUUACGAAGCUACUACCAUUAUACAACGUUGUGCGUAGUCUGAUUUAGGAGACUUACCUGCCUAGAUGUCAUACUUAUUUAGGCUGUUCGUCUGGUAGAAUUUACUACACACUAUUGAGGAAGUGAAUCGGGGUUUUCUUCACACCCGCGCUGGUUCGACACCAGCUGAUAAUCAGAUGACCAAAUGACGGGGGACAAGUGCAACAACACAUUUGAUGCCUUCGCAUUAUGUUCAUAUUUGUUGCUUGCUGCAUACAUUUUUUUUAACUAAGUACAUUGUAGUAUGUAGUUAAAUUAGUAUGCAGUAUACUGUUUAGGGAAGUAGUAGGCAAGCCAGAUUUGGGACACAGCCACUGUCUUACCUUAAGACUGUUUUGGCACUUACUUUGGCCCUUUGGAUAAGCAAUUUAUACAUUUUAUUUUCAUUUUGUAUUUCUCUGUUGAGUUUAAGACAAUAAGUAAGAGUGUUGAAGUUUCACAUGUUGAAUGAGACAUCACUGUGGACAAUCUUAAUGGAGCAUUAGGCACUAGAUGCCCCAAAAACGCCAGACAAAACUGGAAAGUGUUGUCCAUUUAGAUGUGGAUUUGAGGUGCAGUACAGUGAUUUGAAAGCUGAAAUAAGUUUGGAGAAUGAUCCUCAUCACAGAUGAUGUGCGUGAUCACAAUAUGUACACGUUGGAGAGGUUAUAUGUGAAGGAAAACAAAACAAUAUUGUUUAAGAUCGAAUCUAAUAAAGAGGUGUUUUUAAUCAUGCAAGUAUGUUGUUUAAAUGGAAAGCAUAAUUGAAAGAAAUAUACAUCACACCUUUGUACAGCUACCGUGUACCCUGUACUUUAGCUAUGCUUCUGCCUGACAUACCGUAGCUGUUAUCAGAUAACACUGACCAGUUGGAAGCUAGUG